AUGGAGGUGAUACCGGCGUUGCAGCCGCAGAACAUAGACGACUUCAUAAACAACUUGGCGAGCAUGACGAGAGUGCAGAGGGAGAUUCGACGACGAGCCACCUCCAUCGCCGAUGCGAAUCGCAUCCAAGAAAUCACCACCUCGACACCUCAGCGCAGCCUCAAGCGUCUGCGAACCUCUGCAUCGCCCAUAUCCAUCGCCUCGACACCUCCUCGACGAGCACCCCGUAGAGUCAAGAGUGAGCGUGACAAGCUUUUCGAUGCUAUCGAGGCUGGAGCCGAUUAUCCUCUCAAGCCCGUGCCCAUCAAGAGUGCAGAUGACUUGAACGAUGUUCAGCUGAAGAAGUGCUAUGAGAUUCUGCAUGCGUGCGGUAGUGCGACGGAUCCAAACGCCAGCUUGACCAAGACGAGGCAGAGCAUCGACGGUUUCUUGGAUGCUGUCUUUAAUGACUGGUCGAGCUGCAAGGCUGGGGCUUUGUUGCGCUCGGAGCUGGACUUUUUGGUGGAUGCAGAGGUUGUGGCAGGAAGAUUGUGUGCGAAUGUUUCCGCCGUGGCCACCUACUGCAACAAUCCGCCCAUGUUCAAACUCGAGUUUUCAAUAAUCGACGAGCUCUCUGGCCAGCCCGAAGCAUUCUGUCCCAUAUCCCGCAAGGACAUCAGAUGGGUAGAAGACGACUGGGUCCAAGAGCUGCGACAGAGUCUCCGCACCAAGGUGAUUGCAAAAAUCCACAAAUACAAUAAGCAUCUUGCUAUAUGGCAAGCUCGCAGGCUCAUCGUGGAAUGGGCCAAGGGAAGCUUGUCGUUGGGGGAGGACGUGAGUAAGAUGGGCUUCCUGGAGCGGGAGACGGCGGAUGUGGCGACUGUUGGGCUUGGAGGAACUAUCGAGAACAAGCAGGGGGCUGGUUUGUGA